AUGAGCACACAGUAUCCCAUCACUAUCGCGCAGCUGAAAGAGGCAUCUACUCAGCAAGAGUGGCUGCUUCUCCUGGAGCGAGUUCUCCAGGGGUUUCCCACAGCUCACAUCGUCGUCGACUCAGACGUUAUGGAACAUGUCAUGGAUGAAGACAAAAUCGCAACAACAAUUUUUUUGGUGGAGGCUGUCAAGGUUCUUGGCACCGAAAAAGUUCGGGUUGUGGCCACGUCCCAUGUAUUUGAGUCUCAGCGGGCGACUCGGGAUCUUGGGGACGAGGCGGUAGCUUCGUUGAAGACGGAAAGUCCAGCGAAGCACACCAAUGUGGUGGUCCAGCGGAGGCGACACCUGGCGAGAAAACAAAGACUGGCCUGA